UUUUUUUUUUUUUUUUUUUUUUUUUUUUUUUUGGCUUGGUCGAGUUGAACAUGGCCUAGCCACUGGAUGAGAAAGCAAAGGAAAGCAACGCGAGACUGGGUGCCGAAAGACACCUAUGAUGUAGCCGCUUCCAAAUGUCAUUAAAUCCAGAAAAUAUCAGGCGAAGAGAAAUACAGAGCCGACCCAGCGCUCUUUUUAGUCCGGAAAUGUCAAGACACUCACGGAGACACAGCACUUCGACCACCAAUACCCGUAGCCCGUGGUGUCCAGAAGAACAAUAUAUUACCUACGAGCCCCCAUCGUCCUCAAAGGGGAAAAGAAGACCAUCCAGCGAACAGCGUGCAUGACUGCGACCCUGACGUCCAAAGCAUGCAUAUUGCCCCCACGCCUCAGUCCCUUGUCGCUGAUAUGCCGUGGAGGGGGAGAAAAACAUGCUUUGGAAAAUUAAAGGGGCUAGCUUUGCCAUCGCUGUCGAGGCUAUUAUCACCGUGUCAUCCGCACGACGCAGCCCUGAGUUCGCCCUGCCGCCAAAUGAACCUCCUUUCCCCCCUUCCGCUGCGACCAUUUUGUUGGCCAGGGAUGAAAAGGAGAAAAAAGACACAACAAACACGAGGUCAGUUUUGUCGGGGGAAAACCAGCACCUCCCUCAUCUCCCAGAACCAGAAUAAUG